AUGACGACAGAGGCGGCGGCGGCACGGACGUCGUUCGAGAUUGCCAAUGGGAUCACGGACUCGGCGACCGAGGCGCUGUACCACCACGAUGCAGCUACGUACCAAGCGCUCCUCCGCGAGGCGCCAUGGAAGCAUGAUCCCUACUAUUUCAAGCAUGUGAAUAUCUCUGUGGUAGCGCUGCUCAAGAUGGUCCUGCAUGCGAGGGCAGGCGGCGAUAUGGAGGUAAUGGGGCUUAUGCAAGGCCGCGUAUGCACCGAGACACGGACAUUUCAUAUCCUUGAUGCGUUUGCACUGCCUGUGGAAGGAACAGAGACGCGCGUGAAUGCACAGAACGAGGCGUACGAAUACAUGGUCCAGUACUUGGAGACGUGCCAAGCGGUGGCGCGGCCUGAGCAUGCCAUCGGCUGGUACCACUCGCACCCAGGCUAUGGAUGCUGGCUGUCCGGCAUCGACGUACAGACCCAGCUGACCAACCAGCAGCAGGACCCGUUUGUGGCGAUUGUCAUUGAUCCAUGGCGCACAAUGUCUGCGGGCCAUGUCGAUAUCGGUGCGUUCCGUACCCUUCCGCCCGAGUUCCACGCGGACUCGUCGCCGCACCGCACCACACCCCAUGCCAUGCCAGCGGACAAGGCAGCGGACUUUGGUGCGCAUGCCUCCCGGUACUACCCACUCGACAUUCAUUAUACGAAACUCGCCUCCGAUCGCGGACUGUACGAGCGAUUGUGGCAGUCGUACUGGGCACACUCGCUCACGACAUCGCCGUCGCGCACUGAGCAGGCACUAGCGACGCAGCAGGUACAUGCUAUUGCCGCACAGCUGCGCGACACGGCCGAGGCGCUGCAGCAUACGAUGCCAGCGCCCAGCGGCUUAUCUCUUGCCCAAGCUGCGCGACGCGUGCCUGGGAGCAUCGAUACCGAUAUCCCAGCACUUGUACGUCAGCUCACGCAGCGCGAGGCCGAACAGCCUCUGGUGCAGGCCGCGCAGCACGCCAAGGUCUUUCUGGCCGACGCCCAACAUACCCUGUUGCAGCACGAGAUGAAAGCAGCGCUCUUUGGCCCUGCCGACUAG